AUGGGCGGGGUUCCUCCGGAGUUGGCGAACCUCUCAAGGCUGGAAUCUCUCCGCCUGCACUCCAACCAACUCACGGGCAUUAUCCCUCCGUCGUUGGGUAAUCUCUCGAAGCUGGAGUAUCUCAGCCUGUAUUCCAAUCAACUGACGGGCGCAAUCCCCAAGGCAUUCGGGAGCCUCGCCAAGCUGGAGUCCCUUUACCUCAACUCAAAUCAACUGACAGGGGGAAUUCCCACUGAACUGGGCAGCCUAUCCAGACUGGAAGUUCUCAGCCUGUACUCAAACCAUCUGACGGGCGAGAUUCCCUUGGUGCUGGCGAGCCUUGCCAAGCUGGAAACUCUCAGUCUCAGCUCCAACCAACUGACGGGCGAGAUCCCAACUGGGUUGGGGAGCCUCGUCAAGCUGGAAACCCUCUACCUCAAUUCCAACCAACUGACGGGCGAGAUUCCAACUGAGUUGGGGAACCUCGCCAAGCUGCAGAAUCUGAGGCUUGGCUCCAACGAACUGACUGGUCAGAUACCUUCGGAGCUGGGAGAUCUUUCUGAGCUUCAGUCCUUAGACCUCAGAUCGAACAGCCUGACGGGUCGUAUACCGGCGGAGCUCGGGAACCUGGCCGAGCUGGCAACCCUAUACCUCGACGGCAAUGACCUGACCGGCGAGAUACCGUCGGAACUGGGGAACCUCUCCAAACUGCGGUAUCUGCUGCUAAACGGGAAUGCGUUGACAGGACGGAUACCGACGCCGUUGGGGGAUCUCUCCAAGCUGGAAGCCCUCGGACUCAGCUCCAACCAGUUGACGGGGACAAUUCCUAGGGAGCUGGGGAACCUCUCCGAGCUGGAGUCUCUGUACCUCAGCUUCAACCAACUCACGGGCGAGAUUCCGCCGGCGUUGGGGCACCUCUCCAAAUUGGAGUAUCUAUCGCUUUACGUAAACCAGUUGACUGGACAGAUACCACCGGAGUUGGGAGACCUCUCCAAGCUGCAGAGUUUGAACCUCAGCUUCAACCAGCUGACCGGCCAGAUACCGGCGGAGUUGGCGAACCUCUCCAAUCUGGAGAGCCUGUCCCUCAGGAGGAACCGGUUAACCGGAUGCAUCCCGGCGGGACUGCGGAACGUACCCACCAACGACCUCGACCAGCUGAGGCUACCCUUCUGUUUUGUGUCUGCGCCGGGAGCCCCAAUCAUAGGGGCCGUCACACCCGGACCCGCCUCACUGUCCAUUUCGUGGGACCGUCCAUCGAGCGAUGGCGGAUCGGUCAUCACGGCCUACGACCUUCGCCAUGUCGAGACCGCUGCCGACGAGGCGAUCGACUCCAAUUGGACCUUGGUGGAGGACGUGUGGACGACGGGCACCGGGGGCCCGCAAUACACCCUCAGCGGGCUCAUCGGAGACACCGGGUACGACAUCCAGGUGCGAGCGGUGAACGCCGGAGGAGAUGGCCCGUGGUCGGCGACUGCAACCGGAACGCCAUCAACGCCGAGUGUCUGCGCUACAGGCGGCGCUAUUGCCGAUGCGGCGAACACGGGGCUGGCCUCCGACUGCGAGGCGCUGCUCGCCGCACGGGACGCUCUCGCGGUGAGCGCGACGCUGAACUGGGCAGAGGAUACGGACAUAGCACGGUGGGACGGUGUCAGGGUCAGCGGGACGCCGCGUCGGGUGACCCGGCUCUCACUCCCCGGGAAGGGGCUGGGCGGGACGGUCCCGGCCGAGCUGGGCAGGCUAUCCAUGCUCAGCGACCUGAACCUCCGCACCAAUGGGCUGAGCGGGCCGAUACCGGCCGAGUUUGGGAACCUCACGGACCUGGUGAGGCUGAACCUGCACACCAACCAGCUGACCGGACCGGUACCUGAUCUGAGCGGCAUGGCCAAUCUGGAAGAGCUGUACCUUGCGAGGAACAAGCUGACGGGCCCAAUCCCGGCUUGGCUGGACGGCAUGACGGAGAUGAGAGAGCUUUGGCUCUGGGGCAACGAGCUGAGCGGCACAUUCCCGACCUGA